CGGCGGCGGCGGCUGAGGCCGGGGGAAGUGAAUGGUUUUACCCAGAGGGCCGUGCGCCGCCUUUCUCCGCUGGCCCCGGCGUGCCUGGCAGCUCCUCCCCGGCCAUGGCGUUCACUUUCGCGGCCUUCUGCUAUAUGCUGGCGCUGCUGCUCACCGCCGCGCUCAUCUUCUUCGCCAUCUGGCACAUCAUAGCGUUUGAUGAGCUGAAGACUGAUUACAAGAACCCUAUAGACCAGUGUAAUACCCUGAAUCCUCUUGUCCUUCCAGAGUACCUCAUCCAUGCUUUCUUCUGUGUCAUGUUUCUCUGUGCAGCAGAGUGGCUCACACUGGGUCUCAAUAUGCCCCUUUUGGCAUAUCAUAUUUGGAGGUACAUGAGUAGACCCGUGAUGAGCGGCCCUGGACUCUAUGACCCAACGACCAUCAUGAAUGCAGACAUUCUAGCCUACUGUCAGAAGGAAGGAUGGUGCAAACUAGCUUUUUACCUUCUAGCCUUUUUUUACUACCUAUACGGCAUGAUCUAUGUUUUGGUGAGCUCAUAGAACAACACAGAAGAAUCGGUCCAGUUAAGUGCAUGCAAAACGCCGCUGAUGAAGGGAUUCUAUCCAGCAAGGUCCUGUUCCCAAGAGUAGCCUAUGGAAUCUGAUCAGUUACUUUAAAAAAUGACUCCUUAUUUUUUAAAUGUUUCCACAUUUUUUGCUUGUGGAAAGACUGUUUUCAUAUGUUAUACUUGGAUAAAGACUUUAAAUGGAAUUACGUAUAAAUUAAUAUAAAAUGAUCACCUCUGGUGUUGACAGGUUGAACUUGCACUCUUAAGGAACAGCCAUAACCCUCCGAGUGAUGUCAUUAAUUACUGACUGCCCUGAGUCCUUUGGGAGCUUGGUUUAGAGGGCUUGUUGGGCUCCAAGAUAAAUUAGCUGUAGAUAUGAGGUGCUUCUGGUGAACUGAAAAUAUAUGUCUGACUUGUGGGGAAGGCCAUAGGCUUCCGCACUGAUCGCUGUAGAUGAUUAUGUAUGGACAUGACAGUAGGAAGAGUGGGAUUUCCUUCCCUGUCGACUUGAAUAGUAUCCCUGUAUAUUGCAUGAGAGAGGGAUCUCCCUCAUUUCCAUCAGAGUAAUACACUUGCUUUAAUUCUUAAACAUAAGUGAUAAAAACAUAUGCUGAAUUACCUGUAAAGAAUGCAUUUAAAGUGAUUUUAAAUGUAUUUUUAUUUGUAAGACAUUAUUUACUAAGAAAUUGGUUAUACUAUGCUUACUCUUCUAAUCCAGUGGUCGAGAAUUUGCAAGUACUUUAGAUUUCCAAAGUGAAUGAGAGAACUGUGUAACCACCUGCUGUUCCUUCGGUGCAACCCAAUAAACUCUGAGAUGAAGAUGCUUUCCGGUGCGUUGUUUUCGAGAUCACCAAUGGCUAUUCCUCAUGCUCAGUCAAUCCAUCAUAAUAAAAGACAUAAUGUCAUUUUAAAAUUUAA